GCCGCCGCGCUACCAGAACGUCUGAUGAAGCCGACGGUGUCAGGAAGCACCGCUGCUUAUUUCAUAUAUGUUUUUACGAUAAAGACGGGACGGAGAGCCGAAUAUUUGGGUCAAGGACACAAAUGAAGACAGUGGAAUAUUUUCUAGUUAUUUGGGGUUUGGUCGUUGUCAGCGUGAGAGGACUUUUGUUAUGAUUUUGCGCUGAUAUCGGGGAUGUUUACGGUUCUUCUGAGGGGUAGCCAGUAACUGUAGCCUCCAGCCUCCAACUGCCUAAAAUAUUAGGCAGCAACGAAAAACCACAUUUCAUUUCUGUAAGGUGGGCUGGCGGCACGCCAAUAAUUGACUCUGGAGCAGGACACGGAGGAUAGUAUGGCCAUGACGGGAGGGACUGCAGCCGCCCUUCCCAUGAGCAACCACACCCGGGAGAGGGUGACCGUGGCCAAGCUGACACUGGAAAACUUCUACAGCACUCUGCUCACCCAGCACGAGGAGCGUGAGAUGAGGCAGAAGAAGCUGGAGAAGGCCAUGGAAGAAGAGGGUUUACCAGACGAGGAGAAAGUGAUGCGGCGCUCUCAGCACGCCCGCAAGGAGACGGAGUUUCUGCGGCUGAAGAGGACCCGACUCGGCCUGGACGACUUCGAGUCCCUGAAAGUCAUCGGACGAGGUGCUUUUGGAGAGGUGCGUUUGGUGCAGAAAAAAGACACGGGGCACAUUUACGCCAUGAAGAUACUGAGGAAAGCAGACAUGCUGGAGAAAGAGCAGGUCGCUCACAUUCGGGCGGAAAGGGACAUUCUGGUGGAGGCGGACGGCGCCUGGGUGGUCAAAAUGUUCUACAGCUUCCAGGACAAGAGGAACCUCUACCUCAUCAUGGAGUUCUUACCUGGAGGCGACAUGAUGACGCUGCUCAUGAAGAAGGACACGCUGUCCGAAGAAGCCACGCAGUUCUACAUCGCAGAAACGGUCCUGGCCAUCGACUCCAUCCACCAGCUGGGCUUCAUCCACAGAGACAUCAAACCCGACAACCUGCUGCUGGACUCCAGAGGACAUGUGAAACUGUCUGAUUUCGGCCUCUGUACGGGACUGAAGAAGGCCCAUCGCACUGAGUUCUACAGAAACCUGACGCACAACCCGCCCAGUGAUUUCUCCUUUCAGAAUAUGAACUCCAAGAGGAAAGCGGAAACCUGGAAGAAGAACCGGAGGCAGCUGGCUUACUCCACUGUGGGAACCCCAGACUACAUCGCUCCCGAGGUUUUCAUGCAGACCGGGUACAACAAGUUGUGCGACUGGUGGUCUCUGGGCGUGAUCAUGUAUGAGAUGCUCAUCGGUUACCCGCCUUUCUGUUCGGAGACGCCGCAGGAGACGUACAGGAAGGUCAUGAACUGGAAGGAAACUCUCGUCUUCCCACCUGAAGUCCCCAUCUCAGAGAGGGCCAAGGACCUGAUACUGAAAUAUUGCACAGAUGCUGAAAACAGGGUUGGAGCCGUGAGCGUGGAGGAGAUCAAGAGUCAUCAGUUCUUUGAGUCCGUGGACUGGGAGCACAUCAGGGAGCGGCCGGCUGCCAUAUCCAUCGAAAUCAAGAGCAUCGACGACACGUCGAACUUCGACGACUUCCCCGAGUCGGACAUCCUCCAGCCAGCCAACGCGACGGAGCCGGACUUCAAAUCCAAGGACUGGGUGUUCCUCAACUACACGUACAAACGCUUCGAGGGCCUGACUCAGCGAGGCACCAUCCCCACAUACAUGAAGGCGGGGAAGGCCUGACACGCUGCGAGGGAGGAAAAGAGACACAGACGUUUACGGACACAGGGUCGGGCCCCGGAGCCCCGCUGGUGCUGAAGGCUGCGCCGCCGGCCUCUCAGUUUAAAAUUAACCCUCAUCACACGUUAUUUAGGUCCGCUCAGCCGCCGCAAGAACGCCAGGAGCUCGGAAAAUGAAGGAGCGUUACCGCAUUACCUCGGUCGUUUAUAUCGUGUACACGUGCCGUCUUUAGCCAUAGUUCUCAGGCCAGCUCACUAACUAGGACACUAAAUCUGCAUAUCUGCAUGUUCAGCGGCACAUUGCUUCUGGAGUGGUUUUUUUUUUGUUUUUUUUUUUGUUUUUUUUUUUUAGGGGUUACUGCCCAAAUGUGGCAGCAGGAAUGAAGCUUGAAUACAAAUCACUGCUCCAACAUAUCUUCACUGAUAGUUUCUACACUGGUGGCUGCGUGGUCUCAGACGUAAAACAGAAUUUCUGAAAUUGAAGACGAGUUGUAUACACUGUAGUCCGGAUGGCUAAUGACAACAGGAAGCACUCGCUUCUCGUGGCCCGUGCUCGUUUGUACCUAAAGGAAAGUCCCAGCGUGACUCCCAGUGUUUUGUACCUGGUAAAACUGAAGACAUUUAAGUUUCAACUGUGAUGAAAAAAAAAAAUCAUCUAGCCGCUGAGUUUAGGUUGUUUUGAUUUACAGCAUUUGAAUGCGACGUUGCCCUGUCGUGCUCAUAUUUUAAAUAGCUACCGGAUAGAUUUCAUUUCCAUGUGACAUCACCCUAACGUCCGGGCCAGACCUUUAAAACCGAUGACUCCGCUGUAUCUCUAUUUAGCAAGUGUUAGCAUGCUAAUACACCGCACUCUGGUUGGGCACACGCUAAAUGUUAUGCCUGCUAAGUGUCAGCAUGGUGUCUGUUAGCAUUUAGCUCCACUAUAGGACCUCACAGAGCCUCUAGCUGUGCACACAUUUAGACUGCGCUACAAGUAUAACGAGACACUUAUAUAAGAAUAACAAGGAAUGUAUUACCAUGUUGAAUAGCUUUUUGCUGGCUAGUUUGAAUGAAAGUGUUUUCAUCACAGUUCUAACUUUUUAAAUGUAAACGUACAGACACUCUAACCACGCUGGAAUCCUCCUUUAGCCCUGACACUGAUGAAAAGCGCGACACUGUGGAAGCUCGGCGGGGCUCCUCUUCCUGUGGCACUGCCUCGCUUUUCUCCCGAAAGAACAGCUUGUUGCCGGGAAACGUGUAAACGCUGGCGUGCCCCCGCGCUACACAUCCGCCGCCGUGGAGCGUCGCCCAUUGGCAGCGACCAAACAAACUGCUGAGUGUGUCCCUUCCCCUUCGGAGCCAGUUGUUUUGUUCAGAUAAGUGCUACGGUAAUUGACGUCGCCCGUGAUUUCAGCCCCGGCUCCCAGCCACUUCCUCCUAAGACGGCCAAAACAUGCAAAGUGCCUUUUUAAAUAGCUGGUAGAUAUUUAACAGAUAUUUAGUUGUAUUUCAGCGGGGAUUAAUCAGAAGGCAUUCAUUGAAAUUUAAUUCAAAAGGUCAGAAAAGGGAUAAAAAAAGAAAAAAAAGCUGUCCCUUACAGUGAAUAUAAAGCGUUACUUCUAUUUAGUGUCUGCAGAGUGAUAAAACAGCAUGAUGAAAGCAGGGUUUUAUAGGUUAGAGUGUAAAUCAGGGGGCUCAUAAAACCAUGUGUCAAGGUUGGUCAAGUAAAGAUAAAACUGAAUUAGACAUGAGAGGCCAGGAAAACAGAAUAACGUGGCAGGUUGCGUGCGUACGGUUUUUGUCCGUGAAGUACAUCAUUCUGUCGAUUCUGAGUGAAGUGUUCAUCAGAUGUGUUUUAAUGUGACGAAAUCCUCCGACGUCAGAUUUCAGCCCCGUCCCUCUCAACGUGUGCUCGGAGUUGUUACUAGGCUACAAAAAAAAAAAAAAAAAAACGGUUACCAAAGAGCUCUGAUCAUCACAGAUUCAGAUGUAGCUGUCGCGUACUGCACUUAACGUAAAACUACCUUCUUUUUUUUUUUUUUUUUUAAAUAAUAACAAUAAAAAAAAGCAUCUCUCUAAAUGAUUUUUUUUUUAGUAAUAUCGGUUAAGUGUCAAAAUGCAAGAAAAUGCUAUAGAUGUGCGUCAUGACAGGAAUCCCACAUGAAAGAGUCUGCGGUGCUAUCGAGGGGCUGAUCCAGAACGUAAGCAGCACAGCAGGUUUAUAAAUGACAGCGAUUCAUCAUCACCCCCCGUACCAGCCUCUCUUCUCCUGGUUCAUCCGCUCAACAUUUAUUCACUAAGUAUCUGAAAAGUAUCUGUUCUCAAAGUACAUCAAGACUGACAAUGUGCACAAACUACAGUUGACGUGUAUAUUUCGUAUUAUUUAUUAUUUCCAUGUUCUUCAUCCAGACGUUGAAUUGGACUUUAGCUAAUAUUCAGUAGAUAUUAAAAGGACGGUCUCGUGUUAUUUUCAAUUUAAAAGGGGUACUCCAGUUUUUCUAUAGAACGAAGAGCUUCGAUGUAACAAAAGCCAAGAUGUCCUACAUUUCCCAUGAUGCAACCUGAAAGGGGCCUUAUUAUAACACCGCACCGACGACCUAGUGAGUGAAGGCUGAUUACAAAGAAAGCUCUGUACAACUAAAUUAUAACACGACUAUGAAAACUGCAACAUGAUUUGCAAGGUUGUGACCACCACAAGGGGGCGCUCUCGUGUCAACGUGAUCCUAUUUGAAGGCAGAAGUUCUUCCUAUCUUAGUAAACGCUCACGUCUUCCAAACCCCACGCUGCCUUUAGUGUUCAGGUCUCUGGUCUGGUGGCAUCACUGUGACAUCGUCUGGGGUCGUUUCUUCUUCUUCUUCUUCUUCUUCUUCUUCUUCUUCUUCUUCUCUCCCUCCGGUCCAUCCGCGGUUGGAGUGCCCCUUUAAUCACGCCAAAACGCCCUCAAACAUUCCAAGUCAAACCAUCCGCAUCACAUCAAAGAGGCGGCCCUUUUAGUUUUAAUCCACAUCUGUGGGUCUAAUCCAAAUGUAAUCACGGCUAAGACUCCAGGAAGCCGUGGCCCCGCAGAACCUGGCAGUAAGAGGACAGGUGCAUGAUGGGGGACUGUGCUCGUGGCUACCGCCGCAGAUACCCGGUUGUGACUAAUCACUGGAAACAAACUGACACAACACGGGUGGGAAAAAGGCCCAGCUGCUGUAUCCAGCGCCUGAGAUUGUUAGUGAUGAAGUAGUAUGUGUGUAGUAUGCGUGAGAGGUACUGCAAGUGAGAAAUUUCCAUGAAGUACAUUCACCUUAAGUUGUGAGAAGAUGUGUCGCCAGACUUGUGGAAUAGAAAGACGACGACACUUUUAUUUUUUCUCUGUCAAACAAGGAUGAAAAGAAGGGAGGGUAAAAAACGAACACUGUAUUUGGGAUCCGUACAAUUCUACACAUGUAUACAAAUGGAAGAACUAGAUGACUUGACCUGUGUCACUUUAUCCAAAGGGAGUUCAACUAUUGUGACUUGACACGAGUUCAGGAAAAGUUUCCCUUUUAACAUGUAAUAAUCCAGACAAAGAUUUCUACCGGACCAAACCAGUUCUCCGUCUCCUUGUUAGACGGAUCAGAUAGUGAUCUGUUGGUCAUGCAUUAACCAAGAGAGCAGGGGAGAGUGUACAUAUCCUUAAAACAAAGCAACUGACACGAAAACAAAAGCAGAUGAGAGAGUCUAGUUUUAGAAAUGUUAUAAAUCCCAGUAAUUAGACAGAUUCUACGCAGCCCCCCCCCCCCUUUCUCUUGUUAAAGCUAGAAUUCAGUCUCGUUGGGAACUUGUAAAAGGAUUUCUACCCCCACCCCCUCCCCCCUCCGCAGGGCCAGGACCGUGUCGCGAGGUAUUUAGUGUAACGAUGUGUACAUAUUGUUGUAGACACUUGAAAGUCACUGUCUGGAGCGAAGAAAGAAAUGCUCAUUAAUAUAUCCGUUCACGUUUGGUGAGUUUUUAUGUUGAUAAAAUGCAUAAAAUAAUAAAAUGAAAUACUUUUAA